AUGAGCAUGCUAUGCACACUUGUUGCACUCCUGCUGGUCGGUAUUGUGAGUGCCAACGAUGAGGCCGCGCUGCUUGCUUUCAAGGCACAGCUCAUCCAUGGUGGCUCGCUGGCCUCCUGGAACAGCAGCGCCAGCUUCUGCAACUGGAAAGGUGUGACGUGUGGCCACUGGAGGCCAGCGCGGGUGGUGGCGCUGAUAUUGAAUGGUAACGGGCUAACCGGAGCGGUGUCCCCAACCAUCGGGAAUCUCACAUUCCUGCGGACGCUCAAACUAAGCUUCAACUCACUCCAUGGGGACAUUCCGGCAAGUCUUGAUUGCCUCCAUCGCCUCCAGAGGCUCUACUUGGACGACAACUCCUUCUCUGGCACAUUGCCAGCGAACCUGAGCUCUUGUGUCAGGAUGACUGAAAUGGGACUUGACAACAAUAUCCUUAGAGGGCGCAUCCCGGCUGAGCUCGUAGAGAAGCUCACGUACCUCGCGCUCGUCACGCUAAGAAGUAACAGCUUCACAGGGCACAUCCCGGAGUCACUGGCCAAUUUGUCCCGUCUACGGGUCCUUGACCUCCACGAUAACCAACUCACUGGCUCAAUCCCACGGGGGCUCGACAGCAUGCAGAGCAUGCGGUUUUUCAAUCUCUUCGGAAACAACCUGUCUGGUAUGCUCCCACCUUCUCUCUACAACUGGUCAUCAUUGGAAGCAUUUGGUGUAGGGUUCAAUAUGCUGUACGGAAGAAUUCCGGACGAUAUCGGAAGCAAAUACCCCAAGUUGAAACGUCUUGCCUUGAGUGGUAAUCACUUCACAGGAACCAUCCCAUCCUCAAUAUCUAACAUAUCUUCCCUCAUAACACUUGACCUCGUGAAUAACAGAUUUAGUGGAUUUGUGCCUCCCAUGUUGGGGAAGCUGGGAGGUCUCAAAGAACUGAAUUUGGGUCACAAUAAGCUUGAAGCAAAUGACAACAUGGGUUGGGAAUUCAUUGCUUCUUUGGCAAACUGCAGCCGACUGCAAGGAUUGGGACUCAACUUUAAUUCUUUUGCUGCACAACUACCGGAUUCAAUUGUGAACCUCUCAACGACCCUUCAAAGGUUAUACUUAAGUGAAAAUAGGAUCUAUGGGAGUAUACCUACAGAUAUCGGCAAUCUAGUUGGUCUGGAAAUACUUGUGAUAGCAAAUACUAGCAUAUCCGGAGUAAUUCCAGAGAGCAUUGGCAAGCUAGGGAACUUGAUCGAUCUAGGCUUGUACAACAAUGGCUUGUCAGGCCUUAUACCAUCAUCGCUAGGAAACCUUUCACGGUUGAAUAGGCUUUUUGCGCACAAUGGAAACUUGGAGGGACCAAUUCCGACAAGCCUGGGGGAGUUGAAAAAUCUUUUUGCACUUAGUCUAUCAAAUAAUUACCAUCUUAAUGGUUCGAUACCCAAGGACAUCUUUAAGCUAUCCGACAUGACUUCAGUAUUGGACUUGUCAUACAAUUCCCUUUCCGGACCACUUCCUCAUGAAGUUGGUAGUUUGGUACAUCUUAACCAACUGAUUCUAUCAGGAAAUCGGUUGUCUGGCAAGAUACCAGAUAGUGUUCAGAACUGCAUAGUGUUGGAACGACUAUCAUUAGACAAUAAUUCCUUUGAGGGAAGCAUACCUCGGUCGCUGAAAAAUAUAAUGGGACUCCGAGUAUUGAACCUGACCAUGAAUAAGUUCUAUGGUGAGGUGCCAAAUGAAGGCGUUUUCAAAAACAUCACUUACUUAGCGAUUGCUGGGAAUAUCAAUUUGUGUGGUGGUACAUCUCAACUUCAUUUGGCUGCAUGCUCCUCAAGAAAGAAUAGAAAACGGAUGCCAAAGUCCCUUGUAAUUCCUCUAGCGACAACUGGAGCAAUGUUGUUGUCACUUCUAGUUAUUCUUCUUGUUUCAAUACUUCACAAGGAGCUCAAACAAAAACAAAAGACAUUAACACAAAAUUCAGUUGCUCAUGAACAUCACAAGAGAAUCCCCUAUCAUGCACUGUUGAGAGGAACUAACGAAUUUUCAGAAGUCAACUUGCUUGGUAGAGGAAGUUAUGGUGCGGUUUAUAAGUGUGUCUUGGACACUGAAGAAAGGACAUUGGCUGUUAAGGUGUUUAAUGUGGGACAAUCUAGGUAUUUCAAGAGUUUUGAGGCUGAAUGUGAGGCCAUGAAAAGGAUACGGCACAAUUGUAUCAUCAAGAUCAUUACUUCUUGUUCGAGCGCCAACCACCAAGGUCAAGAGUUCAAGGCAUUGGUUUUUGAAUUCAUGCCCAAUGGCAACUUGGAUGGGUGGCUUCAUCCAAAAUCUCAAGAGACCACCGCAAACAACACGCUCAGCCUUGCCCAGAGGCUUGAUAUUGUUGUAGAUAUUGUGGAUGCAAUACAAUAUCUGCACAAUUACUGUCAACCAUUGGUGAUCCAUUGCGAUCUUAAGCCAAGCAACAUUCUUCUUGCUGAAGACAUGAGUGCACGAGUAGGAGACUUUGGCAUAUCAAGGAUACUUCAAGAAAAUACAAGUGAGGGCAUGCAAACUUCAUAUAGCUCAACUGGAAUUAGAGGCUCCAUUGGCUAUGUUGCUCCAGAGUACGGACAAGGCUCUUUAGUCUCAACAGCUGGUGAUAUUUACAGUCUUGGAAUAUUGUUGCUUGAGAUGUUUACCGGAAGGAGACCAACUGAAGACACAUUCAGGGAUUCAUCGGAUUUGCAUAAGUUUGUUGAAGAUGCUGUUCCAGAUAGAACCUUUGACCUGGCCGACAAAUCAAUGUGGCUGCAUGGUGGACAACAUGAUAACACUGCAAGUAUUAGAAUCCAAGAAUGCUUGGUCUCGGUCUUCAGGCUUGGAAUAUCCUGCUCAAAGCAACAGCCUCAAGACCGGGCACUGACGAGAGAUGUGGCGGCAGAGAUGCAUGCAAUCAGAGAUGUACACCUCAAAUUCAUAGUGGAGCAUGGAGCACAAACAGAAGCCUCGACUCGAGAAAUUCAGAGCAAUGUUGAAUAA